AUGGCUACGACAAAAUAUAUACUACUGGCCGAUUAUGAGUUUAUAUUCUCAAAGCAUUUUGAACAGCAGAUGAUUACCGUAGCUGAGAUCGAAACAAAAAAAAAUCCAAAAACAGCGCUGGUUUUUAGAAUAUUCGAAGUGGAUGAUUCAAUUAAAGAUUUACCCAGGGAGAAAAAGGCACUUGCAGUUCUUCUAAAAAAAGGUAAAGCUAUUGAAUUUCACGAGCGAUACUUUAAAGGAGCUCAUACAAUACCCGGUUUAGAAGAAUGGCUUCAAAAAGAAGUUCCGGAGAAUCAGCCUUCUGUCGAUCGUAUAGUAGCGUAA